ACUAAUGGUUGUUUUCAAAGAAAGUCAAUCUUCUUUCGUCUUCCAUAUUGGAAAAGUCUACUAGUUCGACAUUGUUUGGAUGUCAUGCAUAUUGAAAAAAAUGUGUGUGAGAGUAUUAUUGGUACCUUACUUGAUAUUCCCGGCAAAACUAAGGACGGUGUAAAUAGUCGUUUAGAUCUCGUUGAAAUGGGUAUACGACAAUCUCUGGCACCUGAGAAGAAAGGUGAACGUUUAUAUUUGCCUCCUGCUUGUUUCACUUUAUCCAAAAAAGAGAAACAAACAGUUUGCAAAUCACUUGCAAAUAUGAAAGUACCCGAUGGUUACUCGUCUAACAUCAAAAACUUGGUGAAUGAGACUGAAUUGAAACUAAUGGGUCUGAAAUCACAUGAUUGUCAUGCGUUAAUGCAACAUCUACUUCCAAUUGCCAUUAGAUCAGUCUUGCCAAAAAAUGUUCGAGAGUGUUUGACACAUGUUUGCAUUUUCUUUAAUAGGCUGUGCGGGAAGGAAUUAGAAUUGGAUAAGUUAGAUGCAUUACAUGAACAUGUAGUCAAAACAUUGUGCAACCUGGAAAAGUUUUUUCCGCCAUCUUUUUUCGACAUCAUGAUCCAUUUAAUGGUUCAUCUAGUGAGAGAAGCAAGGCUGUGUGGGCCGGUGUGGGCGAGAUGGAUGUAUCCAUUUGAAAGAAAUAUGAAGGUACUUAAAAGUUAUGUGCGUAACCACUAUCGGCCAGAAGCAUGUAUGGUUGAGUGCUACAUAUCUGAAGAGGCUGUGGAAUUUUGUUCAGAGUACAUGGCUGGAGUUGAGGCAAUAGGAAUUAGCAAACCAAGAACUGACCCAGAUGAUGUUGAUAGAGGAUUAAGGGGCAAAGGGACAAUGGUGACAGUGUCCAAGCUUGAACUAGAUCAAGCUCAAUUAGUCGUGAUGAACAAUAACGCAGAGGUUCAACCAUAUAUAACUGACCAUAUGGAGCUGUUACAAUCAAUGGUUCCAAGAAAUCAAAAAAAUAAACAAAAAUGGGUUGCAGACCAACAUCGUCAAACUUUCAUUGGGUGGUUAAGGAAUACCAUUAUAGCAAAGUUGAACGAACCGAAUCAUGGAGUAUCUGAUGUGUUGAGUCGUAUUGCCCUUGGACCAACUUUUGCGGUUGCAAAGCAUAAGGCACUAACACUUUUUUUUGGCAGGCACAUAUGGGAGAGCAUCAACGGUCUGAGAAAAAUUUUCAAGUUUUACGACCCAGAGCUUCUCACAGUGCAUGGGAUCAGCGAUGAAGAACAGAGUCAGUCUUUUGACGAUGCGGCAAGACGAUUGGCUAAUUGGUUAUCAUUAAUGAACAGCAACCACCAAAUGUUCUUUAUUCCUUGGAAUAUCGGGAUGCAUUGGACGCUAGUGGUGGUUGCGCCAAACAAAAUUAUCCAUUUAAACCCUCUAAAAGGCCGCCCAAUUCCCGAAGAAAUAGAACAAAUGAUCGGAAGGGCAUUCAUGUAUAUAGGGGACGCACAUCAGUAUCUUGGCCCGUGGCAAGGAAUUGCACAAGCAAACUGUCCAAGACAACCUAAAAGCCAAGAAUGCGGUUUUUAUGUUUUGAAAUAUAUGACUGACAUCGUCGCACGUGCCAACCCCAACCGUUACAUAGAAGAUCAAAAAGCUUUUGGGGGUAAGAAGCAAUACGAUCCAAAAACAGAAAUUUUACCACUACAGCGAAAGUGGAUCGAACAAUUGAUGGCGGUGAUUCACGGUGACGAUUGAGGCUCAAAGGUCGAAGAAUUUUUCUUCAUUAUGUAAUUUUUAUAGAUUAACUUGUAAUUAGAUUUAUUAACUUAUUAAUAUUUUUAACUAAUUUUACAUGUUUGUGUAAUAUUUAAUUAUUUUUAUGAAAUCAAAUUAUGUUUU